AUGGUGGGGUUGUCGGCCAAGCAGCCGCGCCGUCGGUUGACGGGCAAUGAGCGUCAGUUCUUAUUGGUAGGGCUGUCGGAGCGGCACCAGCGGAGGAUGCGACGGCUCGUUGGUGGGACUGAGCAAGCGGAGCACAAGCAGAGCGGUACAGUUACGACGAAGCGUCGGUCCUUUGGAACCUGCCGAGACCAAGACAACGACGGCGAUGGACACGACGGGACAGCAAAAGCCGUGGGGUCACCAGAAGCAAAGGAGACAACGGAGGCGUUGCGGUUGUCGACAGCUGCAGAGACGACGACGGAGUCGAUGGAGCACUCGACGGAGCUUUCCGACGCUACGGUGGCGGUGGUAGCGAAAGUCGUAGCGGGUGUGAUAGCCACAGUGACUGCGAGAGAGAUGUAA